CACCGGGACUUGGGAGCGAGCUUGGCAGCGCGACGCGCCCUCCCGCGCGGGGCCCCAGGCGCGGAGCCACCUCCCCUCCUGGGGGUCGGGCUUGUUUUUCCUCGCCUGGACGCACUCGGGCUUUGCCUCUUUUCUGGGCAGUGACCCCCUCACACACCUCUUGCCUCUCUGGGUUUGAAAAUGGAGGCCGACGACGCCGACAGCCCUCCCCAGAGUGCCUUGGGUUCCCCACUCCGCCGAGUCCUGGGCUGCGACUGCUGACGCCGAGGGGUCUCCCGCCCCGUCUGCGCUGCCUUCGGACCGUUCUUCCUUCGCUCUUGGCUUUGGAGCGAAGACUGCUUUUGAAACCCCCCCCCCCUUUUUUUUUCUUUUCCUUUUUUUUUUCUUUUUUUGAGAAAGGGGACUUUCGUUCCAAAUCAAAGGAAUGAAGUCUGGCUGCGGAGGAGGGUCCCGGACCUCGGCGUGGGGGCUCCUGUUUCUCUCCGCCGCGCUCUCGGUCUGGCCGACGAGUGGAGAAAUCUGCGGGCCGGGCAUCGACAUCCGCAAUGACUUCCAGCAGCUGAAGCGCCUGGAGAACUGCACGGUGAUCGAGGGCUUCCUCCACAUCCUGCUCAUCUCCAAGGCCGAGGACUACCGCAACUACCGCUUCCCCAAGCUCACCGUCAUCACCGAGUACCUGCUGCUGUUCCGCGUGGCCGGCCUGGAGAGCCUUGGGGACCUGUUCCCCAACCUCACGGUCAUCCGCGGCUGGAAACUCUUCUACAACUAUGCCCUGGUCAUUUUCGAGAUGACGAACCUCAAAGACAUAGGGCUCUACAACUUGAGGAACAUCACCCGGGGGGCCAUCAGGAUCGAGAAGAACGCCGACCUCUGCUACCUCUCCACGGUGGACUGGUCUCUCAUCCUGGACGCCGUGUCCAACAACUACAUUGUGGGGAACAAGUCCCCGAAGGAGUGCGGGGACGUGUGUCCAGGGACCUUGGAGGAGAAGCCGUUGUGCGAGAAGACCGCCAUCAACAACGAGUAUAACUACCGCUGCUGGACCACCAACCGCUGCCAGAAAAUGUGCCCCAGCGCGUGCGGGAAGCGGGCGUGCACGGAGAACAACGAAUGCUGCCACCCCGAGUGCCUGGGCAGCUGCUACGCGCCUGACGACGACACGGCCUGCGUCGCCUGCCGCCACUACUAUUUCUCCGGCGUCUGCGUGCCCGCCUGCCCGCCCAACACCUACCGAUUCGAGGGCUGGCGCUGCGUGGACCGCGACUUCUGCGCCAACAUCCCCAACGCCGAUGGCGGCGACUCCGAGGGCUUUGUCAUCCAUGACGGCGAGUGCAUGCAGGAGUGCCCCUCCGGCUUCAUCCGCAAUGGCAGCCAGAGCAUGUUCUGCAUUCCCUGCGAAGGUCCGUGCCCCAAGGUCUGUGAGGAAGACAAGAAAACAAAGACCAUUGAUUCUGUUAAUUCUGCUCAAAUGCUCCAAGGAUGCACCAUCUUCAAGGGCAAUUUGCUCAUUAACAUCCGGCGAGGCAAUAACAUUGCCUCGGAGCUGGAGAACUUCAUGGGGCUCAUCGAGGUGGUGACGGGCUACGUGAAGAUCAGCCAUUCGCACGCCUUGGUCUCCUUGUCCUUCCUGAAGAACCUCCGCCAGGUCCUAGGGGAGGAGCAGCUGGAAGGGAACUACUCCUUCUACGUGCUGGACAACCAGAACUUGCAGCAGCUCUGGGACUGGGACCACCGCAACCUGACCAUCAAAGCCGGGAAGAUGUACUUCGCCUUCAACCCCAAGCUGUGCGUGUCGGAAAUUUACCGCAUGGAGGAUGUGACGGGGACGAAAGGACGCCAGAGCAAGGGCGACAUAAACACCAGGAACAACGGGGAGAGAGCCUCCUGUGAGAGCGACAUCCUGCAUUUCACCUCCACCAACACAUGGAAGAACCGCAUCAUCCUAACCUGGCACCGCUACCGCCCCCCAGACUACAGGGAUCUCAUCAGCUUUACCGUCUACUACAAGGAGGCACCCUUUAAAAAUGUGACGGAGUAUGAUGGGCAGGAUGCCUGCGGCUCCAACAGCUGGAACAUGGUGGACGUGGACCUCCCCCCAAACAAGGACCUGGAGCCUGGCAUUCUACUGCAAGGGCUGAAGCCCUGGACUCAGUACGCCGUCUACGUCAAGGCCGUGACCCUCACCAUGGUGGAGAAUGACCACAUCCGAGGGGCCAAGAGUGAAAUCCUGUACAUUCGCACCAAUGCGUCAGUUCCUUCCAUCCCCUUGGACAUCCUCUCAGCAUCCAACUCCUCGUCUCAGCUGAUCGUGAAGUGGAGCCCCCCGUCCCUGCCCAACGGGAACCUGAGCUACUACAUCGUGAGGUGGCAGCGGCAGCCCCAGGACGGCUACCUGUACCGGCACAACUACUGCUCCAAAGAAGACAAAAUUCCCAUCAGGAAGUAUGCGGACGGCACCAUUGACGUGGAGGAGGUGACGGAGAACCCCAAGACGGAGGUGUGUGGCGGAGAGAAGGGGCCUUGCUGCGCGUGCCCCAAGACGGAAGCCGAGAAGCAGGCUGAGAAGGAGGAGGCGGAGUACCGCAAGGUGUUCGAGAACUUCCUGCACAACUCCAUCUUCGUGCCCAGACCCGAGAGGAAGCGGAGAGAUGUCGCGCAGGUGGCCAACACCACGCUGUCUGGCCGAGGCAGGAACGCCACGGCGGUGGACAUGUACAACAGCACGGACCUGGAGGAGCUGGAGACAGAAUACCCUUUCUUUGAGACCAGAGUGGACAAGGAGAUAACGGUCAUAUCUAACCUGCGGCCGUUUACUUCCUACCGCGUCGAUAUUCACAGCUGCAACCACGAGGCCGAGAAGCUGGGGUGCAGCGCCUCCAACUUUGUCUUUGCGAGAACCAAGCCUGCAGAAGGAGCAGAUGACAUUCCGGGCCCUGUGACCUGGGAAGCAAGGCCUGAAAACUCCAUCUUUCUAAAGUGGCCGGAACCUGAGAACCCCAACGGAUUGAUCCUAAUGUAUGAAAUAAAAUACGGUUCUCAGAUUGAGGACCAGAGGGAAUGUGUGUCCAGACAGCAGUACAGAAAGUAUGGAGGAGCCAAGCUCAACCGGCUAAACCCCGGGAACUACACAGCCCGGAUUCAGGCUACGUCUCUCUCCGGGAACGGGUCGUGGACGGAGCCGGUGUUCUUCUAUGUCCCAGCCAAAGCCACCUACGAGAGCUUCAUGCACCUGAUCAUCGCGCUGCCGGUCGCCAUCCUGCUCAUCGUGGGAGGGCUGCUGAUCGUGCUGUACGUCUUCCACAGGAAGAGAAGUAACAGCAGACUGGGGAACGGAGUGCUGUACGCCUCUGUGAACCCGGAGUACUUCAGUGCAGCCGACGUGUAUGUCCCUGACGAGUGGGAGGUGGCACGGGAGAAGAUCACCAUGAGCCGCGAGCUGGGCCAGGGCUCCUUCGGGAUGGUCUACGAAGGCGUCGCCAAGGGCGUGGUAAAGGAUGAGCCGGAAACCAGGGUGGCCAUCAAGACGGUGAACGAGGCCGCCAGCAUGCGGGAGAGGAUCGAGUUUCUCAAUGAGGCGUCGGUGAUGAAGGAGUUCAAUUGUCACCACGUGGUUCGGUUGCUGGGGGUGGUGUCCCAGGGCCAGCCCACCCUGGUCAUCAUGGAGCUGAUGACACGAGGGGACCUCAAGAGCUAUCUCAGGUCCCUGCGACCGGAAGUGGAGGCUGAAUUACAGAGAGAAAGACAGAGACAGAGACAGAACUUCAUCCGCCGGUUCACUCCUCGGAUGGCCGCAACAGCCAGGGCUGGGCCAGGCCGAAGCCAACAGCCAGGAGCUUCUUCUGGGUCUCCCACGAGGGUGCAGGGGCCCAAGGACCUGGGCCAUCUUCCGCUGCCUUCCCAGAAUCGGGCCCCAGCCCCUCCGAGUCUGAGUAAGAUGAUCCAAAUGGCCGGGGAGAUUGCAGAUGGCAUGGCAUACCUCAACGCCAACAAGUUCGUGCACAGAGACCUUGCUGCCCGGAACUGCAUGGUGGCUGAGGAUUUCACAGUCAAGAUCGGAGAUUUCGGAAUGACGCGGGACAUCUACGAGACGGACUACUACCGGAAAGGAGGGAAAGGCUUGCUGCCCGUGCGCUGGAUGUCCCCCGAGUCCCUCAAAGAUGGAGUCUUCACCACCCACUCUGACGUCUGGUCCUUCGGAGUCGUCCUCUGGGAGAUCGCCACGCUGGCCGAGCAGCCGUACCAGGGUUUCUCCAAUGAGCAGGUCCUGCGCUUCGUCAUGGAGGGCGGCCUGCUGGACAAGCCGGACAACUGCCCCGACAUGCUGUUUGAGCUGAUGCGCAUGUGUUGGCAAUACAACCCCAAGAUGCGGCCUUCCUUCCUGGAGAUCAUCGGCAGUGUCAGAGACGAGAUGGAGCCCGGCUUCCGCGAGGUCUCCUUCUACUACAGCGAGGAGAACAAGCCGCCCGAGGCCGAGGAGCUCGACCUGGAGCCCGAGAACAUGGAGAGCGUGCCGCUGGACCCCUCCGCCAACGCCGCCGCCGCCGUCGCCGCCCUGCAGCCCGACAGGCACAAGGCCGAGAACGGCCCGAGUGCCGGGGCCAUGGUCCUGCGCGCCAGCUUUGACGAGAGGCGACCCUACGCGCACAUGAACGGGGGCCGCACAGACGAGCGAGCCCUGCCGCUGCCGCAGUCUUCGACCUGCUGAUGCCGGCGGGGACGGGAACGUGCGCGCUGGGCCGCAGCAGGGUGGGGGAGAGAAAGUUCUAGCAGCCCAUCCCAUCCGCAGGCCUCCUCCGUACCUCAGUGGAUCUUCAGACCUGCCGUUGCUGCGCCCGGGAGUCGCCUUCUCCGCAGUAAACACGCUUGGGAUGUUCCUUUUUUCUAUAUGCAACCAGCUUUUUUUUUUUUUUUUUUAUUUCCCCCACCCAAACCCUUAACUGACACGGGCCUUUAAGAAACUUAGCGACAACACGUCAUAGCAACAGAACACUCGAGAACCGAGCCUCAUGCUUCCCUCUGUCGCCUCUCUCUCUCCCUCCCUCCCUCUCUCUCUCUCUCUCUCUCUUCCCCUCUCCCCUCUCUCUCUCGCUCCUUCCUCUCUCUCUCUGCUUCAUGAUGGAAGAGCCUGGCUGGGAAGCCCUUGUGGCUGGAGUGAGGUCGUGGCGGCCCCUGGAGCCCCAGGGUGUCCCGGGUGCACCUGCUGGACACCGCAGGUCAUUGUCAAACACGCUGAGACAGGAGUUGGUAACUGCAUCUCUGACCUUCCUAGGGACAUCCGCGAUCCUAAAAGGGCCGGCAUUUCGACGCUGCCAAAUUUUGCCAAAACCCCACCCGUUCUCCCUGCCGACCCCUGUGCUAGCUCCCCUCACCCCCAUCCAGAGGCACGGGUGAGCGCAGCCCCUGACUGCGCCCAGAAGAUGGGCGGCCCCCGUGCCAGUGUCCUGCACGCCCUAGGCCUCGCCCUGCCCUCCCGGCACAGGGGGUUGAGCGCCACAGCAGGACACACAGCGGAUGGACUCAGGCCUUCUCAGCUCUGUCCACCUUGGCUGUUACUGGGACUUUCUCAUGGGUCUUACAGUUCUAUGUUAGACCGUGAAGCAUUUGCAUACACAUCAUCUUCAAUGUCACUUUUAUAACUUUUUUACGGUUCAGAAAUUCAUCUAUACGUCUGUACAGAAAAAAAAAAGCUGCUAUUUUUUUCGUUCCUUCUCUUUGUGGAUUUAAUCUAUGAAAUCUUCAGGUCUCUGCUUUCUUCCCCUUCUGCUCACUCCAAGAAACUCCUGCUUUGUGCUGGAGUGCGUGACUCCGCCUCUCCUCCCAGUAACUGAGUCUUGGAGAACAUGUGGCGCCAGGAGCUGUUUGCUGCCUUUCUCUAAGUAGCCCUCCCCGCCCCCAGCCGCCCGUGCAGGCCGAGGCUGGUGCGACAGUGGUGGGACGAAGGCGUGGGCCGGGGUCCUCGCUGGCCACCGCUCCCUUCUCACCCCGGCGCGGCGCUGGGAUCUGUUACAGUGUGGGAUGACGCGCUGACUGAGGUCAGCCUCCCGCGCGUCCACGACAGCCGAGAAGCCGCACCGUCUGUCCCCUCCCGUUUGCUUUGGUUGUGACACACGCGUGUUUAUUUUUUUUAAUUCUUGGGUACAACAGUAGACACUAGGCAUUUGGAUCGCUGGGCUUUUUGGGUUUAUUUUGUUUUGUCUUGUUUUUUAAAUGGCUGAUUAAUCCUUCCAUCCCAUGUCAAAUAGCUGCUGAGUCCAAGGGCGCAGCAGAGCGUAGCCCAGCCCCCACCAGACCCACCUACUGUCUCUACAAACAGAGUGCCCCAGGGGACCCACCCCACCCCUCAGCCUCCGAACAAGCAGCCCACGGCCACAACUGGCAGCCACAGCUCCAGGGCAGGGCAGCGUGGACGCUUGCUCGGUGGCCCGGGAGCCCUUGCUGGCUCCCAGGGGACCAGAGCCCUGGUGCUGGCCAAUGCUGCCUCCACGGCCCCGGGGGUCUUGAUCGGUUUGGUUUUGAGCCCUCCCCACCCAAGUGAUGACAGCGCAAGAGUUGGCUUGCGGGGUGGCGAUGCUUAAUUCUAAGAGGGAAGCGAAGAGAUGCCGCUUGGUCGGGACUGGAGCUUGGACACCAGAAAGCACGGCGGUGCUGUCGCUCCUCAGCAGUCCCGGUCCCGCCUCGUCCCCGGCAGCCCGUGUCCCGCAGGGUUUCACUUAGAAAAGAAAGAGGUCCACUCGCGAGUGUUCCGUGCAGGCGUCUGCUCGGCGCUCGCCGUGAUGCCGCCCCCUUUGCUGGCAGGAAGCCCUGUUCUGGACACUGAGGAGGGGGUGCACGGGACGGGACAGGUCCUGGUGUUUUCGUUUCUUUGCAAGCGUUUAUCUACCUCACUCUUAUUUCUUAUAUGUGUAUAUAGAGAGGAAUACAUCUCACGUUCUCAGCACCCAACAGCCGGCCACUGCUACCGGUGACCUCACCCCUGCCGCGGGCCACACGCCGGGGCAGUGCCGGCAGGGGCCAGGCUGCGUCCAGGGUCGAAGCAGCGCUAACCCAGCUCUCCUCUUCCGCCGCAUCUCCUCUCCUGUUGCUUUCGCUCCUUUUAUUUUUUUUUUCUGACUUGAUUUCCUCAGAGGCGGCGAGGCGUCAGGAUUUCCCUCCUCCCAGUCCAGUGAGGCCAAGAAGGACACCCCCACACCGGGCCGUCCCUGAUGGCCUUGUGCCGAGUGCCCAGGGUGGCCCCCAGUCUCUGCAGCUGUCUCCCGCGUGGGCGCCAGCGUGGGUGGGCUCCCGGCUGCUGCUCCUGCAGGCUCCCCUGCGCCGGGCUGCACCACAGCCUCAUUCACCUCAGAGGGGCGGCCGCACUGGCCGUGGGAGAGCGGGUCCCCCUCCACAGCGGUGCCGGCCCCCGUGGGCCAGUGUGACAGAGAAAGUGCGGCGGCGGGAGCCCAGUCCCGUCCCCACACUGCUCUCUCCACUUCACCCUCUUUCCCCUCCUCACCCCCGGGGUCAACAAAGACCCACCAGGCCUGGAGGCUGGAAAGGCCAGUGGCCAGCGCCCAGCCCCACCUCGUCCUGCUGCUCACGGUUGGACGGUGCGCCCGCUUCCAGCAGCUGCUGCUACAGGCGCUGGUGACCUUUGCUGGGACACCUGGCAGGGGCUCCUCCCCGAGGGUGGGCAGCUCCCUCUGCGGCCCAGCACGGCAGUGAGCCUGGCCCCUCCUCUCUCCGGCGGUCAGGGAGUGUCCUUGGAUCAGGGUUUUCUUGGGCCACACCGUAGGUGACCCUUGUAACAGUGGCCUCUCCUCCCUCCCGCACAGACCUACCGGUGUCCACAACUGGAUCUCUGCAGCUCAUUCCGCUGGUGAUAAGGGUUUUGUUUCAACUGUCCGAGUUGUCGCUGUUCUCUCGUUUUCGUCUCAUGUAGGUGGCUUUCCUUUUAAGUAGAAAGAAAACACUAACAGUGUCGCGCCCGUCGUAGCGAGUGCUGCAGAAACACUUCCGUGAGAGAGAAUUUCGCUCGUGUGACGGCACAGUCAUGUUCCUGGACCAACCCGCCCACCUCGACUAUGCCCAGGCAGCGUGUAUCCGCUGGGCUGCUUGCUGUUUCUCCUUUGUGCGCUCCAGAGUUUCUGACCACGCUGAGUUGUGGCAUCCUCCACGCAGCCUCCUCCUGACAGCAGCUCCCCCUGCUGGAAGCACCGGGAACCACUGAGGCAGGAGAGGUGAGGCCCUUCUCCAAGGCGGUGGGAGCUGUGUGCAAUGUGGAAUUCGAACUGUGCAAGGCCCAGGCCACCCCAGACCGCCUUGCCAGGACGUCCUGGUGCCCGCCGUGCUGCGGGAGCCCGUGUGCUCAGAUGUGCGUGCCCAGGCUUCCCAGACCGCCUUGCCAGGACGUCCUGGUGCCCGCCGUGCGGCAGGAGCCCAUGUGCUCAGAUGUGCGUGCCCAGGCCGCCCCAGACCGCCUUUCCAGGAAGUCCAGGUGCCCGCCGUGCUGCGGGAGCCCAUGUGCUCAGAUGUGGAACUUGAACUGUGCGUGCCCAGGCUGCCCCAGACCACCGAGACAUCCCAGUGCCCGCCACGCAGCGGGAGCCCGUGUGCUCAGAUAUGUGGGGCCCAGGCUGCCCCAGACCACCUUUCCAGGAAGUCCUGGUGCCCGCCGUGCUGCGGGAGCCCAUGUGCUCAGAUGUGCAGGGCCCAGGCUGCCCCAAACCGCCUUGCUGGGACGUCCCAGUGCUGGCCAUGUGGCCAGCGGAAGCCCAUGUGCUCGGAUGUGGAACUCGAACUGUGCAUGCCCAGGCUACUCCAGACCGCUGGGACGUCCUAGUGCCCGCCACGCAGCAGGAGCCUGUGUGCUCAGAUGUGUGGGGCCCAGGCCGCCCCAGACCGCCUUGCCAGGGCGUCCUGGUGCCCACCGUGCGGCUGGAGCCUGUGUGCUCAGUUAUGCGGGGCCCAGGCCGCCUUGCCAGGGCGUUCUGGUGCCCACCGUGUGGUGGGAGCCCGUGUGCUCAGAUAUGCGGGGCCCAGGCCGCCCCAGACCGCCUUGCCAGGACGUCCUGGUGCCCACCGUGCGGUGGGAGCCCGUGUGCUCAGAUGUGCGGGGCCCAGGCCGCCCCAGGCUAUCCCAGACCGCCUUGCCAGGGCGUCCUGGUGCCCACCGUGCGGUGGGAGCCCGUGUGCUCAGAUGUGCGGGGCCCAGGCCACCCCAGGCUAUCCCAGACCGCCUUGCCAGGGCGUCCUGGUACCCACCGUGCGGUGGGAGCCCGUGUGCUCAGAUGUGCGGGGCCCAGACAGCCAGGAAGUCCCGAUGCCCGCUGUGCGGCGGGACUCAGCUUCCUUCGUGGAAGAAGGAAGAGGAGAGAUCACGUGCGCAGCCCACACAGCCUCUCCUGAGACUGGGAACAGUGGUGGGAGCAGUGGCUACCACAAAACUGCCAAGCGGCAGAAUGCGUGAUAUGCCAGGCCGGGUUCUGGUUGGGGUCUCAGAUUGACAAACCAUGCGAGAUGCCAAAUUCUAGGCCAGUGUGUUCCACUGACGCCUCUUUGGGAGCAGCCUGCCUUGUGGCAAGGUCACCCAGAGCUUGGAGCUCAGAUGGGUCCAGGAUCCUCCCAGGGUGGUCAGAUAGCAUGGAAGGCAACCCCUCCCCAAAACCCGGCACCCUGCAGUGGGCAGUGGCACUCCGUGGGGUGCCAGCAGUCCCAGUUCUUCUCUUGCCACCACCUUUGUGUUUGUCGGCUGCCUUUUCAUUUGCUGGGCUAAGCGGCACUGGGAGACACAGACCAGAGAUCCACUCCCCAAGAACCAGUGAUCAGAGCCUCAUUUUCUCGCCAGACGGCGGCACCAGCAAGAACACCAAGAGAGGAUGCUCUGUUUCCAGGGAUGCUGAAGGAACAGACCGUGGACAGGCCAGGACUGAGGACUGACUUUGGGCCUGACUAGUCGGUCAUUUACAGAAACGAGCUCCCUUGAUGCUGGCAUGAUUCGUGAUUGGGCAGUGGGAAAUGCCCGAGAGGCAGUCACCAUGUGAAGGGCGGGGUUUGGAGCAGAGGCGCACGGGAUGGGAAGAAGUCGGGGCGCUAUCGGGAUGUAAGGCUGGCAGACCACAAGGAGGCGUCACCGCCAUCCCAGGGGUACUUGGUUUCAACAAAUAAGCUGUGCCCUGAAAUCCAACAUCGUUCACGAACUCGCAUUCCAUCGCACCUGUCAGUUGGGGUGUCAGUUCUGGGGCGUGGCCUUAGAGUUUUAUUUGGUUUCGGCAAGAACGUGAUGGUCACUCACCUGUAUGCCCAAUGUGCGUCCCCAUCUUUCUGGCAAACAUCGUCUCAGUUAGUCACUCGUUAGCGUUCUCCAUAGGGCUCUCAAGUCCAGUAGAUUACGGGUAGUCAGUCGACGAAGAUCCGGUUUACAAGAACUAAUUCAAUGUUUCAUUGCAUUUUUGUAAGAACAUAGAAUAAUUUUAUAAAGCGUUCGUAGUUUAUAAUUGCCGAAAGUAAUUUAAAGACACCUUUUUUUCCUGCGUGUGUGCAAAAUAUGUGUUCGUGAUCCAUUUUUUUUUAGGACACCUGUUGGCUAGCUAGCUUUAUAAUACGCCAAAAAGAUGCUGUCCCUGACCUGAGCUGGGGCUCCGCCCCCCUCCCCCACGUGCUCUGUGCCCUGGUUGAUAACAAAGGAAGGAUGGUGAUUUGAAAAGUAGUUCCGUGUCUUCAGGGUCUUGGUGGUCUUUUCCUGGCCACUCCCCUUUGGAGUGUUGCGGCUGUCACUGAUGGACAGCGCCUCAUUGGCCGUGGGACAGUAGAGGUGUCGCCGCCCAGCCGUGCACAGCACCGUGCAGCCUGUGGUGUGGUCGCUCUGACCAGCUGCACGGCCGGUGGCUUUCACAAUGAUCUCAUGUACACGCACAGGUCGCGGGAAGGACGGUCACGCUGGGCACGCGUGCCUCAGACCGUGGUGAACGCUUUGUUGUCACAAGGAAGAGCGCUGUUGAUUUUUACUUAAGGCAGAACACCGAAGGUAACACCAAUACAGAAUCAGUUCCUUUCGAUCCAGACUACGACACACUACAGAAACGUUCGACUCCAUUGCCUCUGGUUCCCGGUGGAUUAUUAGCCGUGUCCUCACAACUCCACAGUAUUCCCCGUGGUCGGAAAUACCUGGAUUUUUUUGCACUACCCAGGAGAUAGGUCCAGAGACCAUUUUUUUUUGUUUUGUUUUGUUUUGUUUUUACUUUUCCGUGUGGCUGUUUGGCAUUGCACAGAAAUGUCCCUAGGUGGAACAGGUGCCCGGUACGAUCACCUGUCUGCUAUCAUAAGCUGGUGAGCUAGAGGGGAGAGGUUUGCCAGAGUUGUCUACCUCUGGGCUAAAAAAAAAAACCAGAAGGCACGAUGGAAUGGAUGCAUCACAAAUAAUGCAUUUUCUGAGUUUUCUUGUUUAAAAAAGUUUUUUUUAAAAAAAAGUUUUAAAAAAAAUUAAAAAGAGGUAACAACAUGGCCAAUUUGUUACAAGACUUUCUGUGUAUGAAUUACUCCUUUAAAAAUUCUCUUUAUAUAAAAAAAAUCAGUAGAUGAAAAAAAAUUUCCAACCUGUUUUUGUAUACUCCAUUGUUAAGAAUUUAUUCCUGUUACUGCCAUAUACUCUGGAUUCUUUAUGGAAAAAAAAAAAAAACACAAAAAAAAACUUUUGUCUAUUUUGAAUGGCUAAAGCUAAGGCAACUUUAGUUUCUCUUACUCUGCUUUUUUCUAGUAGUUAAAAUACUACAUUGUUUAAGUUAAAUAAAAAUUCUGUAUGCA